UACUACUUGUAAAUUUGCUGUAAUUGCAUUUUUGAAGUUUUAAAGUUUUAACGCAAGGACAUUUGAAAGACAGCUUUAAAACGCGUCAAAUGUGUGUUUUCUGGUUAGAAAUUGAAAUAAUUCAGCAUUCGAUUUAGCUAUAAACUUGGAAGAAAGAGAAUAUCCUUAAGAGAAGCAACGAUGGCCCUACCCAAAACGCAGAACCCUGGAAAUCCCCGUCAACAAGGAGCACAACAAGUGGGCGGCGGACAUCAGCCACCAUUACAACAACAACAACAGCAACAACAGCAGCAGCAGCAGCAACAACAACAACAACAACAGCAGCAGCAACAACAACAACAACAACAACAACAACAACAGCAACAACAGCAACAACAACAGCAGCAGCAGCAACAACAACAACAACAACAGCAACAACAGCAACAGCAGCAAAGACAAAGACGAGUUGAAAAUAUGCACGAUUCAGUAAAGAAAUUGAGCCUUUUAUCAUGUGCAUGUUCUCUUUCAGUUUUGCUGCUAAGAAUUGCAAAAAAACAAGGUUUUCCUACCCCAGCUCUGCGUCCUGAAGUACUUACAGGUAUUAUCAUGCUUUAUUUCUUUACCGCGUUCGAACGUUUUGAAGUCGCCAAUGAAUUGAAAAUAUCACAGGGACAGGCACCGAGAACGAUAACGAUGUUUGUCCGAUUUUGUAUAUUUUGGAUUCCUAAAGCUUUCGGUUGUGAGAUUGGUGAUUUCAUUGCUCCCAUACUAAAAGCGAAACAUUCAACACCUGCUUUAAAAGAAGUUGCUGAUAACCUCACUGAAAUAAAGAAUAAAGCGUCUAGGUAUGCUGCCGCAAGAGGAAGUAUAGACAAUGCCAUGAGGGCGCUCACAAACACCGAGAAAAAUGUCGAGCAUAUGAAAGGACAAUCUGAGGAAUUAUUGAAGGGUUUACCUCUUGAAUUAUUAGGUAUAAAGCGGCCAACAUUUCAUCAACUACGAAGGGGUAAUGUUACAAUUUCUGAACCGAAACUGGUUAUUCCGGCCAAGCGUAUGCCGCGAAGGAGCACAUUAGCCAGUGACUAUGCUAAGAAGAUACAAAAGGAAAUAAAAAACGUGUACGAAAUCAUGAAAGAUGUUCUGAAAUUUGAUUCAGAGAAAUUGUUUUCAGCCACAAAGAAACAAAUGCAAUCAUUGAUUCAUCAUCUACAGUGUUUUGAAGAAAUUAAAUCUCAAGUGGAAGUAAGCCUCACUAAGUUGGCAUCCCUUUCACAGAAGAACAGCCCACCUGCUUGCGAAGAUUUGGUAACACUACUUGAAGAAACGAAACCUGUUUUACAACUAAAGAAAUACGAUGGCUUCAACGCAAGUUUGCAAAUGCUGGAAAAGAGUCACAAAGAGUUGCAAAGUUUGAUUCAGAGCAAAGGCUUAAGCCGCAGUUCUUUCUUUAAACUUAGAAAAGCUUAUAUACAGAUAAAUGGCCACGUUAAAGAUUUUGAUAAAAUGUUGAAUACGUUACGAAGGGAUGCGACGUACUUUAGGCAAAUGCAGUUCCUUCGGAGAUUAAUACAAUCAUCACCAAAAUUACCAAAUGUAUUCCGGUCUAUAUUUGCACUCCAGAGCAAAGCAGACGAAAUCAAAAUAUUUGAAAAUGAAUCGAAUAAAUGUUUAACAGCAGCCGUACAAAGCCUCCAAACAGAGAGUAUUUCUCCACAAUUACAAACAAAAGCAGCUAAUUCAGUCGCUAGUCUGGUGGCAGGCUUUGAUAACGUUGCUGAGAUGAACAAAUUGAGGCCCAAACUAGAAGAAUUCUGUAAAGCUACGGGUGUAAACGUGCCUCACCAAUGGACUCUAAUCAUGCGGCGAUGCGACAUCGUGUGUGUUGGAAUGGAAAUUUGUCCAUCUGGAAUAUUUGGAGACACUGGAAUAGUACAGAUAUGAAUGCAUUGUGCGCUUUGUAUAAUGUAUAAUAACUUCUGAUGCAUUUUUUCGAAUUUCAUCUUGAUAUUUUAACUUUAAAGGGACUGUACACCAGAUUGGCACCAACGAAUCUCAGGACAAUUAUUUAAUAAAAUGUUUUUCUCUUUGAUAUCAUAAUUGUAAACAAAAUACCAAAAUGUAAAAAAAAAUCGAGUCGGAGACAGGUUUCGAACCGGUGUUGCCGUCCAGUGUUGUAUCCACUGUGCUACGAAGGCUUACCCUAAACCGUUGGAAUAUUUAAGCUAUAUACAUUACUUGGUAAUAUCACGUGAUAACAUCGACUAACCAAUCACGCAUAAGAAAUGAAUUCUUUUUUUAUGGAAAAAUACGAAAAAACUGCGAAAAAUAAAUGAAUUGUAAAUUAUGUGGUACUUCAGUUAGUAAGUUUCGUUGCAUUGUACACAUUGAUACCAAGUUUAUGUCAAUUUUUGACAAUUUUCUUCUUUUUUUUCGCUAAUUCAUCUUAUGGAGAGUACAGCCACUUUAAGGAAUGUGCACUAAAUGUUACUAAAUGUUUCGCCUUUUUCUUCCCGUGUUGUGAUUCAGAUCGCCUGUACAAUUUCGCCUGAUACAGUACAUCAACUUUCUUUGUCUACCGUAUAUUUGUGUAAGCUUUUUUAUACUCGCACUCGAGCCUUGCCCAUUCGGCGAGUGCUCCGAUAAGAUUGUUUAUCAUUUUUAGUAGCAGUUGGGCUGGUAAAUGUACGCCUGGAGUCUUUUGGACUACACACACUUUAUCCACCCCAAUAACGUUCAUACACAUAUAGUGACAGAAAUCCCGGAAUUAAUUCCUUAAAAGUCUGCAUGUUAUU